CUCUUUCAUUUCUUCAAAUCCCAUAGUUUCAUUUCUUCAAAUCCCAUGCCUAGUAUUUUGAUAUCAACUGUACAAAGAGAAACAAGAGUCUGUGAUGGGUACUAAUCUAACCUGUCCCUCAACACAAUGAUCACUUUGAUCAGCCUAAUCUUCCAUUUAUGCCGCCUUAUAGCGAUCGUGUUGAUAUUGGCAUCACGCGCCGGCGGCUUAGGGAGUGAAGGCCACAAUGAUGAUACCCGUGGUAAGGGAACCACUAUAGAGCUCAAGGGCGGACCAGAGGAUGUCGCGUGGGUUGUUCAGCUGUCUGAUCUGCACUUUAGCUCCCACCAUCCAGAGAGAGCACUGGACUUCAAGGACAUUGUGGGUCCUACUCUCUCCAUGGUCAAUCCUUCCCUGGUUUUCCUCACCGGUGACCUAACCGAUGCAAAAAGCAAGGAUUUGCUAACAUCAAAUCAAGACGAAGCAGAAUGGUUAGAAUAUCAGGAAGUUAUGGAAGAUGUCAUUAAAAAGAGUGGACUGAACAAGACCAAUUUCUUUGACCUUAGGGGAAAUCAUGAUACAUAUGGUGCAAGCAUUGGUAGUUCGUUUGAUUUUUACUCAAAGUAUAGCAUCAAUGGACAGCUAAGAAGAACUGGCCGGGUCAACAGUGUUAGAGUUCAGGUUAUUUACUAUCCAGUUCCUGUGUCUGCACCCUGUUUUGGGGAACUUACAUGAUGAUGAUAAGAGCCCGUUUGGUGCGGGUUAUUCGACUGAUAUGGGCACCAAAUAAGCUGCCGAGUUCUUAUAGCUAGAUACUAAUCUUUUAGUAUGGUCUGACCCAAAUGUAUUAUGUGUCAGUUGAGAUAACCAGGCCCUGAGUUCUGUUUGUUUUGGUUGUACUAGUAAUCCCAGCAUAGUAACAUGUUUGUUUUACGUGGAUGUUACUGAAAACCAUGCAGCCUUUUCUUGUCUCUGAUGCAUGUUGUACUAAUAAUCCUAGCAUGUUUGUUUUACGUGGAUGUUAUUGAAAACACUCGGCUUUUUCUCGUUCUUUGAUGCAUGUGAUCCAUCUUCCAGACUGGCACCUGCAAUCUACUUUUCGUUGCGUUUGACAGCACAAUGUCGUCAGGGUUACGGGGCCCAACUAACUUAUUUGGUCACCCAACUGAUCACCUGUUAGCUGAAAUAAACUCUGAACUUUCACAAUGGGACACUGAACCCACAGCAUCUCUUCUGAAGAUUUCAUUUGGGCAUUUUCCAUUGUCCUUUUCUGCUGCAGCAUAUUCUGGGAGGACUUUGAAGGAUGUAUUUCUGAACCAAUCUUUGUCUGUUUACCUAUGUGGGCAUUUGCACACAACGUUUGGGAAGAAUUUAAAAUGGCUUCAUGAGAGGCCCAAACACUUCUCUAAGAAGAAUCUCAACGAAGCUCAUGGAUUUUGGGAGUGGGAAAUGGGUGAUUGGAAGAAGAGCAGAACAAUGCGUAUCUUGGCUGUUGAUAGAGGUUUUAUUUCAUUUAUAGAUUUAGACUUCAGAUUGAGGGUGAAGGAAAGUACUAUUAUAUUGCCUACGUUCCCACCUGACUCACGUUUUGUUUUUGACAACUCCCUGCCAGUGGGCCCCACAUUUUUCAAUCACAUAAGAGCUCUUGUGUUUUCUUCUUCACAAAUAGUGUCUGUCGUGGCCAGGAUCUAUGAUUCAAAGCUGGGAAGUCUCAGUUUGGUAUCAGAGUCUGGAAUGAUGAAAAUGCAGAAUUCAUCCUCAUCAAGGGGGGACCUUUAUAGUUGCCCGUGGGAUUUCAAUUCCUUUGAAGAUCCAUCGCCUGAGCGGUUUUUUUUUGCAAAUAGGGGCGGUUGACAUCAGUGGAAGAUCAUCUUUUACUGAAUUACGGCCGUUCUCUGUUGGUCAACGUAAUAUGCUCUCACAGAAUUGGAAAGAAUUUAUGGUUAUGAGGUUUCAAUGGGAUGCUUUGUAUUACCCAUUAUUAUGGUCCCUUUACAUAAUCGUUCUUUCCCUUCUUCUAGUUCCAAAAACCAUAAUAUCAUUUUCUAGACGGCAGCUCAGUACUUGUGGUAUGAAUUUUAAUAACAACAGAGAACUAGUAAAUAAUGUCAGAUGGAUUAUGACGGAAUUAUACAGCGUUCAAUGGGUAUGGGUUGGCAUGAUUGGUUAUUUGUUUUACCUCAUAUUAUGCCCCUGGCUUUGUGGUCAAGGUCUCGCUGAAGGAGAAAAAGGAUACAUGACUUAUCGUGGUUGGGCAUUCAAGUUUUUGACAAAGGAGAAUAUACAAUUUGUAGGGUUUCCGGAUGUAAUGGUGGUUGUUAUCCCACAUCUUUAUGUCGUGGUGCUGCCUACUUGUCUCGUAAUUGGAGCAUUGGUUGUUGAAGCAGGAGUGCAUCGAGAUAGUAUGCGUUUUCUUUCUGGUAAAAAAGAGGAUGAUUUCGAUUCAAAGAAGGGAUCCAAUGCUUUACCUCAUAGUGUGCGUUGGAUUAGGAAGGUCCUCAUGCUGAUAUGUUUGACAAUUUGUUGUGUCCAUUUCCUGAGUUGCCGAGUUCUUUCGAAAGCAUAUGAAAUGAACGUAUUCAUCCAUUUUCCUAUAUAUAGCAUUUCAGUCCCAUGGUUGCUAGUGUUUGCAAUCUACAGAACACGCAAGAUUUAGCGCCAUUUUUUGCUUUUUGGGGGAAAGGCAAGAGAAACGUCAGGACACGAACACCUCCAGAUUUUCUGGUUCAAAUAAAAGAAAUCAGGGCGAGAGAAUCGAAAGGAUUUUCCAUCCUCCAGCCAGCGUUCUUUAACAAUAUUCUAAGAGGCCCAAAAGAUAAUAGUUUUUUAAAGGUAAGGCUACUUCUUUAAUUGACGUUCUAUUGCAUUAUUUAUAUUGUUUGGAUUGCGGUUUGGUGCUCGUUAGGCACAAACCUUUUUCCUUAUAAUUUAGUUAUUAUUAUUGUCAAAAACUAACUUUAUUUGUCUAGACUAACUACAUUGGUUGAUAACCUGAUAAUAGAGAAAACCAGUUCGAGAUUGCUUUAUUGGGAUGAAAUGAAAGGCAUGACAUUUAUUUAGCAUGCAAAAAUAGGAUUUUAUUUAUCUUUUUAUGUUUUAUCUUUCUUAUGUUAUUGUUUUUCUUAUAUUUAUUUAUCUUUAUCUUAUCCGUUUUAUCUUUUUAUUUUUUUUCUUGGUUGUCUUCUCUUUUUGACAACAAUAUCAUGGAUCGAUUCUUGUUAGCCUACCCCAAAAUCUUUUGGGACUAAGGAUUGGAUGUUGUUGUUGUUGUUGCAAAAAUAGGAUUUUAUUUUUGAAUUACUGACACCAAGUGUAAUGAUGCCUCGUAUGCUUAUUUUUAUUGGAAAUUUCUUAGGAUAUGACUAAAACUAAAUUAGUUUCCGAAUCUAUGACCUAACUAGUUUUUGGACGGUGGCGGCAUUGCUAUUGGACGGUGGUGGUCCUACAAGUCGGUGGCGGUGCUACUGGUCGGCAGCGGCCGUGCGGCUGGACGGUGAGUCGGGGAAUGGCAGGCGGCCGUGCGAUUAGGGUUGGAGACUAGAGGCUAGUGUUGGAGAAAAGGGGUGUAAGGUUAGGGUUUUAUAGGUAUAACCUAAAGGGUAUAUUAGUCCAUAAAAAGUAUUUUUUUAUUAAUUAAUUAUGAAACUAAUUAAACUUUAUAGAUUUAAAUAUUAUUUUGGAAAAAAAAAACUAGUUAGGUCAUAGAUUGGGGAAGUGGGAGAGUAUUAGUCAUACCUAGAGUAAUUAUCUCUAUUUUUAUAUUUCAAGUUGAAAUUAUUAAGUUAUAUGAACUUGACCAGCUGUUGUCUCCCAAACUCUUAAUAUGUUCAUCAUCAUCAUCAGUACUCCAGUGCCACAAAGGCUCCACCUACGGUGGGGUAAGGGGGUCGGAUGUACGCGGUCUUACCCCUAUACUAAAGUACAAAGAGACUAUUUCCGGAUGACCCAUGAUGAAAAUCACGUCGAAAAUUGCAUGGACUGACUGUUGCUUCAUAAUAAAGAGACACAGACAGUUUAGUGAGCCGUUUUGCUUUAUUCAAUCAUAUUCCCAAGCCAAAAAAUAGUGAAUCUUUGGUAAGGGCUUCACAAACACAUUAGUUCUAAAAUUCGCUCAGUAGUUCAAAUUUCAAAAAGCUUGCCAAGUCUCCAUUUUUGCAGUAAUUUGGUAGCACUCGUAUAUCUAUAUGCUCAUAGUUACAUAUGGAUUUGGUCAUUAUAAACUAUUCAUUCAUAACGUGCAUAUUAGUGGCCUAAGCAUAUGCAUGCUUUUGUUUUUCCAUGGCACUUGUUGCAGUCAUCUUUUUCUUGACCCCAUAAGCAAACCUCAAGGCUUGUUUGAUCAUUCAUCUUUGAACGUGAUGACAGCAAUAGCUGGAAUUCAAUGUUAAUGUCAGAUGAAUCUUCAUAUGUGUUAAUAUAAAUGACUACUUCAUAUUAACUAAGAUCUUAGAGUAGAAGUAACAUUAAUAAGAACUCUAUUCCUUUUUCUUGUAUGCAUUUCUGAACCCAUUUAAAGUUUCAUCAUGUCUAAUUUGUUCAAUGUAUGUUGCACUUAUUGAUGAUCUACUUAGAUUAUUCCCUAUAACUCUUAAGUUAAUAUUGCCUUAAUUUCCAAUCACGCAAACAGGAUUGUCAAAACCAUAGAGCUAUAUGAAUCUGCUGAUCUAAACCACCCAAAAGUAGGCAAGCUUUAAGUCUAAAUUUAUCGUCUAUGCUUUUUGUUGUUUGUAGGUUGGAAAUUUGGUAGGUUUUUAUUCCUUUGGGUCUUCAAAAUUGAAAGCAUGUCCCUGGUGAAGGCUUGUGUGCACUUCAAGUAUUUGUCACAUGUGGUUUCCUUUGAUGUCCUACACCCUUAUUCUUUUUCUUUCAUUGGAGUGCACUGCUUGCUUAACCUGCUUUUAAAUGGUUUUUAUGAAGAUACGAAGAUCAUUGGUUUGUUACUUUGUUUAAAAUGGGAUUGGAGUUUUAUUCUGAUCUCUUUCUCAACUCCCUAUUGCUAGGCAGUAGGUACUGGUGCUGCUAUAUCUAUAUUACGUG